CCCACAAAAAGAAACACCAUUCCCCCAGAAACAAAAACAUCCAUGGAAGACGAUAAACCAGAACACGACCACGACCACGAACACGAACACAGCGAUUCCUUCAACAAUGGCUCCGACAUCUUCCAACAGCUCAUGGACCGCUACUCCAAGUCGGCGGCCCCGCAGCACCGCCACCUCCUCGGCACCGCCGCCGCCAUGCGCUCCCUCCUCGCUGCCGAGUCCCUCCCUCUCACUCCUCCGGCCUACUUCGCCGCCGUCAUUUCCGCCGUCGAUGAGGCCGCGUCCUCUCCCCAACCCCUGGACCUCACCGCCGUCGCCGCACUCCUCUCCUUCCUCGCGAUCGUCCUCCCCCUGGCGCCGCCUCGGGGGAUCGACGCCGCGAAGGCGAGCGAGGCCGUGAAGGUCCUGGUGAGGCUCUUGGAGAGGGAGAAGGAAGGGCUCGCCGUGGCGACCGUCAGGGCCGGGGUCAAGUGCUUGGGGGUUUUGGUUGGGUUCUGCGAUUUGGAGGAUUGGAAUUCGGUGAAAUUAGGGUUCGAGACGCUCAUAAAGUUCUCCGUCGAUAGGCGUCCCAAGGUAAGGAGGUGUUCUCAAGAAUGUCUUGAGAAGGUUUUUAAGUCAAUCACUUGCUCUGCUGUUACUAAGGAGGCAAGCAAGUUGGUGAUGUCCAUGCUUAAAACUUACAUGCCUUUGGCAGGUGAACUUGGUAAAUCAGGGGCUUUGGCUGGAUCGAAAGAUGAUAUUUUGUCGGAACCUAAAAAUGUGGAGGUCUUCCACAUGCUAAAUAUGUUGAAGCUUAUCGUUCCUUUUCUCUCCAUGAAAACAAGGUCCAAAGUUCUUUCAGAAGUAGAUAAGAUUAUGAAAAGUCAGUUCUCAGCAUUUACAAGGCACAUUCUCAAAACUAUUGAAACAUGUUUUGAAACCUCAAGUGUUGAUGCUAUUGCACCAAAGACAGAGAAGAUUGUGGUCUCUCUUUCUUCGUACGUCUCUUUGGGAGAUAAAAACCCCUUGGAUACUGUCAUCUCUGCAACAACAUUGUUAAAACGUUCUCUUGACAUACUUCGUGCUGGAGAAUCAAGCGCACAUGUUAAGAAUCUUCCCCUAGUUUUUGAUUCCAUUGCAGGUCUUCUGACCUCCGAGGCUUCAAUUGCAUCACAUGCUGCAACUAUAUUGAAAGAGCUAAUAAGUCAUCAUUUGGACCAAAGAAGUCUACCGGUUGAUGAUAAUCAACCAUUGGAAGUUGAAGGAGAGGAGAACAUUGGAGCAAGUGCAAUACAAUCUGCAUGUGCUAUCUUGGAGAAUUCUCUUAUGACUUCUGAUGGAAAACCCAAUGAGUAUAUUUUGGGGGUCAUAUCUGCUUUGUUCCUUAAACUUGGAAGGAUCUCUUAUUACUAUAUGAGAAAUAUUCUCCUCAAACUUGCUGACCUGAUGAGCCUUGCUAGCAAGGCUAAAUCUAAGACUUAUCAUCUUGAGAAUUGUAUUGGAGCUGCAGUAUUUUCUAUGGGACCAGAGAAGUUACUAAUGCGUGUGCCUAUAACCCUUAAUGCUGGCGAUUUUACUUGUGCAAAUAUUUGGUUGGUUCCAAUCUUGACGAAGUAUGUUGUUGGAGCAUCGUUGGGGUAUUACAUGGAACAUAUCAUGCCUCUUGCAAAAUCCUUUCAAAGGGCAAGCCGUAAAGAUAAAAGGGCAACACGUGGUCAAAAUCUACAAGAUCAUGCCCGUGACUUACGGGGAUUGCUCCCUGCUUUUUGUCGGUAUCCAACUGAUCUGUACCAAAAUUUUCAACUUCUGGGUGACGUUUUGAUUAAGUUUCUGAAGGAGGACUCAUCUAUGCAUGAAAACGUUGCUAUUUCCUUACAGGUUCUUGUCAAUCAAAACAAACGUGCGCUGACCCAAAAAACUGACGCUGGUGGGUCAAAUUCCUCUGAAGUGAAAGAAUCCAUAAAAGAGUUCGGCAAUCUACCAACUUAUUCAAAAAAAAUUGCUUCAAAAAAUAUAAAGGCUCUAUCAUCGUAUUCCACUGCAUUGCUUCAGGCUCUGGCAGGCUUAUAUAUUGAGUCACCCCCCGGGAAGCGCUCAAUUUUAAAGGACGCCGUUGGAUGCUUGGUUUCUAUUACUGAUUCUUCCAUAACCAAAGAGAUUCUCAUAUCAUUUUUUGAGCAUUUUAAGUUCAUUGAUGAUGAGGGUGAAUUUGUAAAUCCGGAGAAUGGAAAAGCAUUGAUUGAUAAAGAUGAAGGGCAUCCAAGUACUUUGGUGAAGGAUGCUGAAAGAUGUUCUAUUAUGGAGCUCGCGUCUUCUCUUGUUGGAGGGGCCAAAGCGGACCUAGUUGAUCUCAUCUAUAAAUUUGUUAAGUACAGUUUUCAGGUUACUGAUGGGAUUGGUGAUCAGCAAACAUAUCACACUUUAAGCAGAAUUCUGCAGGAACAUGCUUGGUUUUGUUCUUCCCAGUUUGUUGAGCUGAUUGAUUCUUUAUUAGACUUUAAAUCUCCUACUGACGUUCCUACUCUAAGGAGUCGCUUUGCUUGUUUCCAUCCUUUAAUGGUUCACCUACUGAAGAUAGAUUCAGAGGAAGAAAAUGCAAAGGCUUUUCAAAUUGUCAAUGAGAUCAUACUCACUUUGAAGGACGCCAAGGAAGAAGCAAGGAAAGCAGCUUAUGAUGUACUACUUGACAUAAGUUCCAGUUUGAGAGAUGUGUCGUCUUCUAGUUCUGAAUCUUCUGAGGCACCUUACCAGAAGCUAAUAACCAUGAUAAUGGGCUAUCUUUCUGGUGCAUCACCUCACAUUAAGAGUGGAGCAGUGUCUGUUCUAUCGGUGCUGAUAUACAAGGAUGCGAAUAUCCAUCUUUCAAUGCCUGACCUUGUUCCCUCUCUUCUACCUUUGCUGCAAGGCAAAUCUCUUGAAGUUAUAAAAGCUGUUUUGGGCUUUAUGAAAGUGUUAGCAUCUAGCUUGCCAGCUCGGGACUUGCAGAAUCUUCUUUCUUGUGUUGUCAAAGGAAUUCUACCGUGGUCAGCUUUUUCAAGAAACCAUUUCAGAUCAAAGGUUACUGUCAUAAUGGAGAUUAUGAUACGUAAGUGUGGUCUUUCAGCAGUUGAGUUAGUUACCCCAGAGAGAUAUAGGAGUUUCGUCAAGUCCGUUGUGGAGAACCGCCAUAACAAGACAAAUUCCAAGGAUGCUGCUGAUAGUAAUACAGAAGCAAAGCAGGAUGAAACUUUUACCUCCAGGCACAGGAAUAGAAAACGCAAGGAAUUGGAUACAGCACAUGAGAAAACUGGAUCAGUGAAAAAUGAAAAAGGGAAGAAGAAACACAUUGCCAACAGCACUGGCACAAAAGAGUCCGAUAUCUCCACUGCUGCAGCUAAAGUAAGGAGAUUUAGCAAAAUAGAAUCGUCAUAUACACCAGGAAGGGGUAGAAAAUCGAAUAAAAAGAAUUUCGAUAAAGGACCAUGGGGUGGUCAAAAGAGGAAGAUAAACAUGAGCUCGAAAGACAAAGCUGAUCAGAAACCAGCCAGCAGAUCCACAUUAGAAUUAAAGCGAGAAAGGAGAGAUGCAGAUUUGGCCCCUACACAAAAACAGAAUUCAAAAAUCUCACUGAGGAUUGACUUGGUCUUCUUCCCCAUUCUCUCGGACACUUACUGGAGAUGAGGGCUUUGUUGAUCGAGCUUAAAAUUGCAGCUAGAAUUUGGCUAUAAUGCCGAAUGCAAAUUUUGGUUUCAUUUAGGCUUUGCUAGCUUUCAUCACAGUACUGUUUUAGUAUUGUAAAAUUAUUUAUGAGGCAGAGCUUUCCCUCUGUAAACAAAA